GCCGCUCUCUUUGUUUUCGUUUUUUGUUCUCUCUUUAACUGCUUCAUACGCCUUGGGAACGCCACAGCCACAACACAGAAAUGCCGCCUCGGCCUCUCCUCCUGCCGUUGUGCGUCGCUGCAGCGCUGCUGAUCCUCGGCAGCUGGUCUGCGCAGGCCACAUUAUUUCUCGCCAACACCACCGCCAGCAUACGACCGUUUAGCAAGCUGCAGGAUUUUUGUCAGUCGGUCAACGACGGCAGCACCGUCGUCGCCAUGAAUGUGUUGGCCAUCCGAAAUGAGGUGGUGACGCUGAUGAACGGUGCGGGGGUGGGGAAGGCGUACGUCUCGGCCACCUACGACUUAACGGCGUCGCCGCCCUCCUACUUUUGGAUCAUCGAGGGAACAGACGGCGUCACCACCAAACAGAUGGUGUCACCCUCCGAUUUUGUGAACGGUGUGACGCCGGUAGAUCAGCUGCCGUUUGUGCUGUACAGCACCGACCCUUCGGCGACCGGCCUCAUCCCCUUCUCGGGGCUGUUCAAAUACCCGGUUGUGUGCACGACGAACGACGCCACCUUCACGACUCUCCCUCCGACCACGGCGCCACACCCCGGGCCGGCCACCACCACCACGACUACACGAGCCCCGUCGUCGUCGUCGUCGACGAAAAAAGGUAGCAACUUCCCGUGGUGGGCCAUUCUUAUUCUGGUCCUCGGCAUUGUGGCAAUUCUGGUGGUGGUGGCUGUCGUCGUCUGUUGCUGUUUCUUCGAGUGUGUGAUGGAGGAUGAGCUGCCUGAGGAAAAGGGGAGUAGGGAGAGCAGCGACUCUCUGCAGGGCCGGUCCGAUGAGACGCGCACCUUCGGCGACCACCUUGACGAUGAUGAUCUAACGAAGUCCCCGCGUCACUCAGAGGCAGAAGGAUCGGUGGGCGACACCGGCACGAGCUACACCAAGACGAAUGGGCGUAGUGGUUCUCCGGGAACGGCAACGCCGCCUGUUUUCACGGAGGACGAAACGCCCUCAAGUUACAGCGGAAGCGAGGCUUCCGUGACGCGCAGCAGUCACAGCAGCGACAGCGAUUCGGUUUCGCUAUAG